GGGAGGAUACCACGGGUCCCACGUGUCCUCCUCGCCGCAGACCCAACGCAGUUCUCUUCGCUCUUACCAUCCCUUCGUUUCCGCAUACCGCAGAUUCACAUAUACGCGCAGCCUCGUCCGUACACCCAUACGCUGCUGCGCUGCCUCGCGGAGCAAUGCAUCCGCGGUGCGCGCUCUCCCGUCCCUCACCAUCUCCUCACUGAUCCAUCUCCGAGCCUGUAUCGAUUAUCUCCGCCAUAAGCCUCUAGGUUAUGAUUCAUUUUUCAUCACUCUGAUAUGGUAAUUCUGCUAUAGCGGCCGGAGCUGCGAAGGGCGAGAGAACAGAGCGAGAGAGAGAGAAAGAGGGGGAGAGAUGAGAGGACGCGCGUCGUCAGAUGUUUAGCACAUUUCCCGUCGAGCUUCGCCAUCAUUCCUGCUGCGCGUCCCGUUCCGUCUUCUUUCCUCCGCUCCCUCGGCCGGGUUCGUGGCAUUUCGCGGCUCUCUCGAUGCUGUAAUCCGGGGGAAUAUGUGAAGAUCAUGCUGGCGGUGUGGUGCUUCAUGGUCUUUGCUGCAGUGGGCGAGAGGCUUGCAGUCUCAGGUUCAGACGGGAGCCCAGUGCAGGAUGGAGGCAUGUGGGACUGGUUUACCCCGGCAGGGUGGACGGACGGCGGGGACACCGCCACCGAGUUCACUUAUCCAAAGCGGCUGGUGCAGCAGAUCGAGUCGGAGGAGGAGAUGGCUCAUGACCACUUGGAUACCAGGGUGAAGAACGACACAGGAGAUGCCUCGCCGGUCCACUUGGCCCGGAGCUGCUUUCAAGUGGGAGGCUUUGGACACACCUUUACUCUGGACCUGGAGCUAAACCAUCACCUCCUGUCUUCAGAAUAUGUGGAACGGAACUUUAACCAGGAUGGCAGACCUUCACAGUCUGUGGGAGGAGAGCACUGCUACUACCAGGGAAGGUUAAGAGGUUUACCAGAAUCCUGGGCAGCACUCUCCACCUGCCACGGCCUGUGUGGCAUGUUCUCUGACGGCUUCUUCUCUUACGGAAUCGAGCCCAUUCACAAUGGGAGCAACCAGGACGAUGGCGCUCACUUAAUCCGCAGGAUGCCUGAUAUCAGACUUUCCCCACACUGCAAAGACUGUGCAGAGGACAGCCAGUGGGAAAGCAGAGGAGGUGACAGUGAUGAAGACAGACCAGACCAAAUGAUGGAGCAGCAGGCGUCUGGGGGGUUGAAGCGAUCCAAGAGAUUUGUUCGCAAGCCCUCCGUCCAGACUGAGACCAAAUAUAUUGAGUUGAUGGUGGUCAACGACAAUGACAUGUUUGUACAGCUGCGUCGCUCAAGCAGCCAAACCAAGAACUUUGCCAAAGCAGUGGUCAACAUGGCAGAUGCGAUCUACAAGGAGCAGCUGAACACGAGGAUCGUGCUGGUUGCCAUGGAGACCUGGUCCUCUAAAAAUAUGAUGCCAGUCAUGGAAGAUCCAUUGAUAACACUGCAGAACUUCAUGAAAUACAGGAAGGACAACAUCAGAGAGCAGAGUGACGUCGUCCAUCUUUUCUCAGGGCGGACAUUUCACAGUAGCCGCAGUGGGACAGCCUACACAGGAGGAGUGUGCUCUUUAACAAGGGGAGGAGGAAUUAAUGAGUACGGGAAUGUCGGUGCAAUGGCCAUCACGUUGUGCCAAAGUCUUGGCCAAAACAUCGGCAUGAGAUGGAACAACGCGCGCAACUCUGCAGGUGACUGCAGGUGCCCAGAUGCCUGGCUGGGCUGCAUCAUGGAAGACACAGGAUACUAUCUGCCCAGAAAGUUUUCUCGCUGCAGUGUCGAUGAGUACAUCCAGUUCUUGAUCCAGGGGGGUGGAAGCUGCCUCUUCAACAAGCCCAACAAGCUGUUGGACCCUCCAGAGUGUGGGAAUGGUUUUGUGGAGCCAGGAGAAGAGUGUGAUUGUGGAUCCCAGGUGGAGUGUGCACGUAGUGGAGGAGCCUGCUGUAAGAAGUGCACACUUACCCAUGAUGCCAUGUGCAGUAACGGACUGUGCUGCAGUUUGUGUAAGUAUGAGCGGAGGGGUGUGGUUUGCCGAGACGCUGUAAACGACUGUGACAUCCCAGAGACCUGCACCGGAGACUCGAGCCAGUGUCCUCAUAAUGUCCACAAGCUGGAUGGUUACAUGUGUGAUAGCAGUCAGGGCCGCUGUUACGGUGGGCGAUGCAGGACUCGUGACGGACAGUGUAGGGGACUCUGGGGUUAUAAUUCAGCAGACAGGUUUUGUUAUGAGAAGCUGAAUGCUGAGGGAACAGAGAAAGGCAACUGUGGUCCAGGUCCUGAAGGCCAAGGUUGGCUGCAGUGCAACAAGCCGGAUGUCUUAUGUGGCUUCCUCUUCUGUGCCAACGUGACGAUGAAGCCAAAGUUCGGAGAUCUGCAGGGUGAGGUGACCAGCUUCACACUCUACCACCAGAACAAGUACCUGGACUGCAGAGGUGGCCAUGCUCUCCUGGAGGACGGCUCAGACCUGGGCUACGUGGAGGACGGCACUCCCUGCGGUCCAAACAUGAUGUGUCUGGAGCGACGCUGCCUCCCUGUGGCCGCGUUCAACCUCAGCAGCUGUUCGGGAUCCAACUUCGGACGCAUCUGUUCUGACCACGGGACCUGCAGUAAUGAGGUGAAGUGUAUCUGUGACAGGGACUACACGGGGAAGGACUGCAGUGUCUUUGACCCCAUCCCUGAGCCGACAGUCCAGCCGGGCCCAGAGAAGAAAGAUCUGGUGGAGGAUAAGAUGGCUGUCUGUCUUUCUGUCUCUGUGUCCCGUCUACUCCUGUCUUCCUCCUCGCACUGUGUCGUUUCCACAUCGGAGAAGAGGGGAACUAAAAAAGAAAAAAAAAAGUCUUCCACACCAGUCCCAGAAUCUUUCCAAACCUCUUCCGAUUAUCAUUUCCUCCACGGUCCCGUCUGCCCCUCUUGUCCGUCCUCACGCCUGGCUCCUUCCUCCUCUGGGCCUGUGGAGCUCGUCUCACCAUACCAGCCAAAUCAUACUCACGUGGCUGCUGCCAGCGGGCUGCUGAGGAUUGUGUCCGGGCCACGCCCAGAGCGAGCAGGUGGCUCUCCCUGUGGGAGACACCGGGGUCUUCCUUCAGUCCCUUGGCUCCAAGAAUGUGCUUCGAUAUCUGUGUACGUCUUUUCUCACAUCCCGGACAGUCUGACGAAGAACAUAUCAACGGUGGACCAAUUUAAUAAGAGACAUGUCUUUCCAAUGCCUGCCUGCCUGCCUGCCUGCACAGAAAACUCAAUUGGCCACCAACAGGUAAAUGCUGGACUAGCACACAGACUCGCUGAUAGACUGAAAAUAAAGUCAAAGGAGCUGAAUCGUCUCCUUUUUUGUUAAAAGAGAUGGACCUGAGGCGGUUCCUCCAAGGCCGGGCCUCCACGAGGUGCAUUUCAAAGUGGACAAUUACAUGUUUUUAAUCUACAAAGUUUGGCGAGAUGGAUAAAAAUGAAAAGAAACCACACAGUGGACUGUCGUUGGCAUGUUUUCCAAAGAGAGGCUGCAGAAGGACUAAUGAUAUGAAACAAUGGCUCAAAAGCCAGAGCCCAGACAGAUUACUGACUUUAUGUCCAUCAUCAUUUGUCCCCACCCCCACACGCCCCCUUCCAUAAGUUUUCAGGUAACAAAAAGGGAAGCUAGUUGUAAUGGUUUUGGGAUCAUUUUAAACCACUGAACUUUGAAGCAGCAGAGACCGUAACUUAGUGUUUUCAACCACAGACUGACCAACAUACAUUCCACUAUAUCGUCUGUGUGUGCGCUCACUUCUUUCAGGCCCAAAGUUUGUACGCUUAGGAGGUUCAACCUGUAUGUCUGUUCAUGGGUGAAUGUACAAGAUUUUUAAAAGGUAAGAAAGAAUGUAUGCGUGUUUACAUUAGUGUUAGGGGCAGUUGUGUCCACGUACACAUUAACACUCCUCCUAUCACAGGUAGAUAGGCAGGUUUUUACCUCUAGAAUAUCGUCUCUUUCUACAAACUGUUGUGCGCUGCAGCCAUGGUACCAUAAAGGCAGCACUUUAACAGUUUUUAUGUCAAUCUAUCUACAGAAAAUGAGCACUAGCCAACUGUAUGCACACCUAUUUGUAAAUAUGUGCAAGAUAUGCUGAAUGUUAAAUGCACUGUAUGAAGAUUUAUUUAAAAAAAAAAAAAAAGCUAUGUUAAAAUAAUGAGUUGUAUCUGUUCCAGCAAAACACACAGCUGUCAGUCUCUCGACACAAACCACAUCUGCAAAUCUCUCCUCCAUCUUUAAAUGUGGCGCAGCAGCUGAGCCAGCUGUCUCGCACUUCUCUUAUCAUUCCAGCUAUCACCUAAAUGUCAUGAAUCUUUUGUACAUUUGUUGAUAGCCCUCAGCCCUGGGUGAGCUGCCUCAGCCCAGAGGCUUCCCUAACAAUCCCCGCUGUAAAUGAGAUUAAAGAGAUCUAGUGUGGGGUCCAGGAGGCAGCUUGGAUGAAACUGUUCGCGUGUUUGAGGUCAGUUGGAGGUUUGCACUAUGGUGGAUGCACUGUUGUUAUUAUUACAGUAUGUACAGAGUUGGUAUCAAGUACAAUCUGUUCUGUAAGUUUACAGGGGGGAAAAGAGAGAAUAAAAUGCAUCCUUUCCCAUAUUUUUAGACACCAUCUUUUUGACUUGAGACAAAAGGAAAGAAAUGAACUGAGGCUUGUAGUUGAAUUGAAAUGGAAAAGAAAAUAAAAGUACUAAAACAUUAAA